AUGUCGAAACGAAAGGAAAAGGAAGACGAAGGAGGCAGUGACAGUGAAGUCAGUCUUGUCAACGUCGACUUCGAGUUCUUCGACCCAAAUCCGAAUGUCGACUACCCAGCACUCAAGCGUCUCCUCUCCCAACUUUUCCAAUCUGAUUCAGAGCUAUUCUCUCUGAAUGAACUAGCGGACCUUAUCUUGUCCCAGCCGCUCUUAGGCACGACAGUAAAGACAGAUGGGAUUGAGAGUGAUCCAUACGCUUAUCUCAGUGUGUUGAAUAUGCAUGUUCACCAGGACCACCCUUCAAUAAAAGCUCUCCGAUCAUACAUCCUCCAAAAAUCGGCUGGACAUACUCUGCUACAAGCGACGCUUCAAUCUCUUUUUGAUACCGAGGGAUUGAAGGCAGACAAGCACGUUGGCUUCAUAUUCAGUGAACGUCUAAUAAACAUGCCUGUACAAGUCGUCCCGCCAAUGUAUCGUAUGCUCGCUGAUGAGAUUCGUAUGGCAAAUGAAGACGCUGAGCCAUACAAAUUUACGCAUUAUCUAAUCUUGACACGGACGUACCGCCUAACACCUCAACAAGCAGCCGAACUUGAAGACGAACGAAACGGGGAUGCACGGCCUGCGAAGAAAGCAAGAAGCAAGACCAGGCUCCCACCAUUAGCACCGCCAACAUCUGAUAUCGGCACUGGAAGAGAUGUACAUACGUACUCGUUCCACCCAGAAGACGGAUAUAUUCAAAAAUACUCAUCGCAUACAAUCGACUAUUCUCUCACCUCGCAUACUCCUCGUGAAGAUGAUUCUUUCGGACUCGACGUUGCAAGCAGGAUGAUGCUCGUACCUGGGGAGAACUUCCAACCCAUGGUAGACGAGAUGUGCUCUGUGUAUGCUGUUCCACAGUAA